AUGGCCGCACCCGCAGUCACCGUCGCCCAGACUCAGCCCGAGGAGCCCAUCACCAUCCCCGACAACCGGGAUGGUGUUGCCUACCUGUACGGCCACCCGCUGCUGAACUCCCUGUCGCCUCCUCUGCACCAGACCAUCUACAAUGCGCUCGGUCUCAACUGGACUCAGAUCCCUCUGUCUAGCGUGUACGGCACAUCAGCCACCUACCCUCCCCCAUACACCAAGUCGCCCUCUAUCGAGACCUACAUGGCCUCGAUCCGCUCCAACCCUAAGUUCGUUGGAUCUUCCGUGACAAUGCCUCACAAGGUCGCCAUCAUGCCUCACCUGGAUGAUCUGACCGAGCACGCCCGGCAGGCCGGUGCCUGCAACACCAUCUUCCUGCGCGACGACCCCACUACCGGCAAGAAGCAGUACGUCGGCACCAACACUGACUGUGACGGCAUCCGCGAGGCCCUCACCCAGAACGCUCCUAACCCCGAGCGCUUCCGCGGCCGGCCCGCGCUCAUCAUUGGUGGUGGUGGUACCGCCCGUACUGCCAUCUACGUUAUGCGCCGCUGGCUCGGCUCCAGCAAGAUCUACGUUGUUAACCGUGACGCCGCUGAGGUUGCUGCUAUUCUUGAGGAGGACCGCCAGCGCAACCCUGAUUCCAACGCUCAGGCUCCUUUGAUCCACGUCACUGAUCCCGCUGAGGCUGCUCGCCUUGAGGCCCCUGCCGCUAUUGUCUCCGGUAUCCCCAACUACCCUCCCAAGACCGCCGAGGAGUUGAACUCUCGCGCCAUCAUCCAGGCUUUCCUUGGUGAUGAGACUACCGCCGAUAAGCAGGAGGGUGUCAUUCUUGAGAUGUGCUACCACCCCAUUCCUUGGACUGACAUUGCCAAGCUCGCCUCUGCUGGCGGCUGGAAGGUCAUCCUUGGCUCUGAGGCGCUGAUCUGGCAGGGUCUGGAGCAGGCUCACCUCUGGACUGGCAAGGACAUUAUCAACACUCCUGGUCUCGUUCAGAAGGUUAAGGACACCGUUGCUGAGAUCUUGGCUGAGCGACUUGCCAAGUCCAACCUAUGA